AAAUUCUGUUAAGGUUGUUUCUUCCACCAAACAUGCUGAGUUUAAAGGGUAAAAAUAUUGAGAAACCAUUGAAGCCUACAUUUGAUGAACCAGCCAUAACGUUGUCUGUUUACAAGCACUGUUGUCAAGUGGUAUUGGUGUUUUUAAAGUCCGGGUACAUUGCACUCUUCAGAAGCUUGUUUACAGGAGUCUAUCAGAAGCAGAUGAUAAACAUUGACCAGGAUGCCCAGGCGCUUUAGGCACAAUAGUCGAGUGGGGUACCAUGGCAGGGUGGGGUACAGAGGUAGAACAGGGUACAGGGGCAGGGUGGGGUACCACAGGAGAAACCGGACCAGCAUGUACAGCCCAUACUCCGGCGGUUACUCAAUGGACAGGUACGGGGUCGGACGUCACCGGCCCUAUCCCUGGAUGAGGGACCUGGAAGAGAUGGCUGCAUCCUCCAGGCGGAGGAGGGAGAGGGUGGCUAGGCAGAGGGAAGAUAGCGAAGAGCGACGACCAAGAUCGGUGAAGGAAGAAGAUAAAGAAAAAAGAGAGAGGGAAAGAGAAAAGAAAAGAAAAGAAGAAGAAAGGCUUGAGAAAGAGAAGAAAGAAGCAGAGGAAUUACUGGAAAAAAUGAGAGAAAAAGAGCGAAGAGAAAAAGAAGAACGUGAGAGACUGGAGAAGGAGAGAGCCAGUAAAAGACCUCUGAGUAUCAAAGAUGUUGACAUGAACAUCCCUGACAACUGUAAAGCUCAUCACACAGACAAAUUUGAGCUCACUCAGCUUCCUGAGGAUAAGCGAGAACUCGUGGUACGUAGGGGUCAAGAGUUCAGCCUCAUUUUAAAACUGGAUCAGGAGUACGACAAAGCAAAGCAUGAUCUGGUCCUACAUUUCACAACAGGACCCAAUAGUUCUCCAAUUGCUGGUACAGACAUAACUCUAACAGUAGAUGAAAAUGGCAGAGCACCAACACAUCCAGAAAAUUGGCAUGCUCGCCUGAUUGGUCAGAACAAGACUGAUGUCACAGUGGGAGUGUCCCCGCCCUGUAACUGUUUUGUAGGGGAAUGGUCUUUGUUCAUCUCCGCCCAGAGCAAGAUGCCUGACAAAAAUGUCCAGAAAGAGGAGUUUGAAUGCUCAUCUGAUAUCAACAUACUGCUGAAUCCAUGGUGUAAAGAUGACCAAGUCUAUAUGAAGGACACAAACUUACUAGAGGAGUACGUGCUCAAUGACCAGGGUGCUGUGUUUCAAGGCAGCUCUGACCAUAUUGGUGCAAAAGUCUGGAAUUUUGCUCAGUUUGAGGAAGGAGUGUUGGAGGUCUGUUUUUCAUUGCUGAGGAAAUCUCAUGGCUACAAAGUUGGACCUCAUAUGUCAAACCCAGUGACCAUGGCUAGGGCUAUAUCCGCCAUAGUGAAUUCCAAUGAUGAUGAUGAUGGAGUGCUGGUAGGUAACUGGUCUGGGGACUAUGACGAUGGAACCUCGCCUACCGCCUGGAUAAACAGCUCAGACAUCCUACUACAGUACAGCCGCAACAAGGGCGAGGCGGUCAGGUACGGCCAGUGCUGGGUCUUCUCUGCAGUGGUCACUACAGUCUGUAGAGCUAUUGGUUUACCAUGCAAAAGUGUGACCUGUUUUGAUUCAGCACAUGACACAGAUGGGAGUACGACCAUUGAUUACGUGUUUACCCGUAAUGCUGAUGGUUAUUUGAAGAGAGAUCGCGACAGGACAGAUGACUCUAUCUGGAAUUUCCAUGUUUGGAAUGAGGUGUGGAUGGCAAGAAAGGACCUGAAAAAUGAGUAUGAUGGUUGGCAGGUGAUUGAUGCCACACCUCAGGAGAUCAGUGAUGAUAUCUUCUGCUGUGGACCUGCUCCAGUGGCAGCCAUUAAGACUGGGAACUGUAAGAUAUUGUAUGACCUCCCCUUUGUGUUUGCGGAGGUGAACUCUGACGUCAUCCGUUGGGAAUAUGUCAACAAAUUGACCUGGAUCAACAUGGGGUCAGAUACAAAGCGCACUGGGGCAAAGAUCUUCUCCAAAAACCCUGAUGGUAAACCCUACACCGAUUCACUGACCAUCAGUAGAUGGCAGAAGUCCAGUCCACACGAUGUGACAUCAGACUACAAGUUUCCUGAAGGAUCCAGAGAAGAGAGAAGAGCUGUAGAUAAUGCAGCCCAAGCUUCCAGGGUAUUCCGCGGAAAACAGACCCCAAAUGAUGUAAAGAUUGAGAUGGUAGAGAAGGAUGGGAUGAUGGUCGGCGAGGACUUCACCAUCGAGUUCCGAUUGGUCAACACCAGUCAGAAGAAGAGGGAGGUCUCCAGCCUUCAUUUGGAACUCUACUCCAAAUUUUACACAGGGGAAAUCAAAUCCAAAAUCUUCUUCAAGCCUCUCCCUGGACUCACACUGGAAGGAAAAAAAGAUAAAACAUUUAGUGUGGAUGUAAAGUCAAAAGACUAUCUUGACAAGAUUGCUGAGCAAGCCAACAUGGAGGUUAUCAUCUCGGCAACUGUUGCCAAGGAAAACAACAACAAAGACAACAUAGUGAAGGUGGACAACUUCAGACUUCGGAGAGCUGACAUUGAAAUCAAAAUGCCCACAAGUUGCAAGAAGGGGGAGGAACUUACAGCACAUCUUAGUUUUAAGAACCACUUACCAGUCCCCAUGACAAAGUGUGUUGUUUACCUGGGGGGAGCAGGAUUUGAAAAAAUGGAGAAAAUACCCCAAAAAGAUAUUCCAGCUAAGUCGGAUUGGAAGUUAUCUGUGAAGGUGAAGGCCAAGAGAGUCGGCCUUGAACAGUUUUCUGUGACCUUUGACUCCCAGGAAGUUCCCGACAUUACCGGCAGGGCGGAAGUCCAAAGUGAGCUUCCGCCUUGGGUGAGUAGAAGAGGACUGGGGACUCGCUCUUUGAAUGGAAUGUACACAAGACUAUAUCGCGGUGGAACCUUUAUAUCCCCGAUCCCCCUUGAAGACCCGCCGUCAGAUCCUGUGGCCCCGACACGUACAGCAGAACCUGUCGCUUCGGGGAGUAUCGCUACAUACGGACCACCCCGGGUCAAAGAGAGGCCGUGGGCCCGGGAUAAACGCCUCGGUACACGCAACGCCGGUGACGAAAGUGAUGAAGAUGAAGAAGAUAAAAAGGCCUCAGAGGAAGAGCUAGCUAAAGAUCUCCAUGUUGUGUCUGUUGAUGUAAAAAUAACCGAAAAUUGCGAGAAACACAGAACAUCUCAGUACUCGUGUACCAAGGCUCGCAAGAAUCAGGACGGGGUGUCCCUACCCCCGGAGUUAGUCGUCCGGCGGGGUCAGCCCUUUAGAUUCACAGUCAAAUUUAAUCAGCCAUUCUUAAAAGAAAAACAUGGGAUGCAGAUAAUAUUCAUUACAGGAAAAAACCCGAGACCCUCCGAUUUCACAUUAGUACAACUGGAACCUUUCAAAUCAGUGGAAGCUGAACAUGGGUGGAAAAGCCAGGUACACGAGACUAAAGGCGACAGUCUGACCCUGGACAUCACCCCGUCCAGCUCCUGUGUGAUCGGGGAGUGGUCACUCAGUGUGACCACUGUCUUCUCAAGCAGUUCCCUGUUCUGUUUCUUGUUUCCAGACGACAUCAAUAUAUUGCUGAAUCCUUGGUGCAAAGACGACAUAGUUUACCUAGAAAACGAGAACCUUUUGAAUGAGUAUGUUUUGAACGAUAGAGGCGUGAUUUUCGCUGGGAACUAUCGACAGAUUGGAGGGCGGCCAUGGAACUUUGGACAGUUUGAGGAAGGUGUCUUAGAGAUUUGCUUUCAUCUUUUGCGACGAUCCCACGGUAACACAGUUAACGGAGCCAAGAUGUCAGACCCGAUUCAAAUCUCACGGACCAUUACCAAAAUUUUAAACUGCCAGGAUGAUGACGGAGUCCUCGUGGGGAAUUGGUCCGGAGAUUACAGUGAUGGCAAAAAGCCAACUCAUUGGACCGGAAGUGCAAAGAUUCUGCGCCAGUACGAAAAAAAUAAGGGGGACCCUGUUUGUUUUGGUCAAUGCUGGGUAUUUUCUGGGCUCGUUACAACAGUUUGUAGGGCGCUCGGGAUGCCGGCGAGGAGUGUCACGAAUUUCAGUUCUGCGCAUGACACUGACUGCAGCUUGACUAUAGACACAGUCAUGUGUAAGAACGAGAAAGGCGGCUUGGAUAAGAUACCGGAACUCUGUUACGACUCAGUCUGGAAUUUUCAUGUCUGGAAUGAAGUAUGGAUGGCCCGCGGGGAUCUAGGUACCAGUUAUCACGGCUGGCAGGCAAUAGAUGCAACGCCGCAGGAACUCAGCGGGGGGACAUACUGUUGUGGCCCGGCGUCAGUGGCCGCCAUUAAGAGAGGCGACUGUUCCGUCAACUACGACACAGCUUUCGUUUUCUCUGAAGUAAACGCCGACAAAAUAGUGUGGUGCCGGUUAAAGGAGGACAAAUGGCAGAUGUUAUACAGCGAUACAGAUGAUGUUGGUCGGUGCAUCAGUACCAAGGUGGCGGACGGGAAGGCCUUUUCAGAAACUCUCAGUGUCGGUUCCGAAAAGUUCCGGGAAGACAUAACUGACAGCUAUAAAUGUAAAGAGGGAACUCUGGAAGAGAGAAUGGCAGUUAUGCAGGCCUCUAAGUCUGCCAAAGUGGACCGGGAUAACCUCAAGACACAACUAAAAGAUCUAAGAAUUAGCAUUCUGGAUGAGGAUGGUAUCAUGGUAGGAGAAAACUUCAAGGUCAAAACGGAAGUGACGAAACUCUGUGAACAAAAGCGGACGGUUUCUAAGUUGAUUGUGGAGGUGUACACGAAGAGGUACACCGGCGAUAUCGUGUCCCACGUGACCUCUCAUACAUUUACGGACAUCGCUUUGGAUGGAAAGAAAGGAGAAAAACAAGUUCUGACUCACGAGGUAAAGGGCGAGACGUAUGUCCCUCAUCUCGUGGAACAGUGUGCAAUGGAGGUGCGCGUGACAGCACUGAUCAAAGAAAAUGGCGUAAUCUACAUCAAGAGUGACGAAUUCCGUCUACGAAGACCAGACCUGUCUUUCGAGGUUCCAAAAAAUGCAAAGAAUGGAGUCCCAUUUGACCUGAAAGUUUCCUUCAAGAACACACUACCACAUCCUCUUACGAAAUGCAGCCUCGAUUUGGACGGAGUAGUGGAGGAUGAUGAAGUCAAGCUAUCAGACGUUCCCGCCAAUUCUGAAUGGAAGCACACGGUCAAGGUCACAGUAAACAGAAGUGGGCAGCACCAGAUAAGCGGAAGCUUUGACAGUGCGGAACUGACGGACAUUUCUGGGUACAUCAACUUCAUCCUGAAGGAUUAGCGAUGUGCGAAACUUUCACAUACGCGCCAUGCCGAACCUGUGACUUAUAGAGUCUGCCCGACUGUAACAGCAAAGUAUAGGGAGAGGGAGGGAAUACAAGUGUUUUGUUAGUAUGUAGCGAGGGAGAUAAUGGCAUAGCAAUACAUUGGUGCAUAAUGAUUUUUUUUAAAUAAUGCAUUAUACCAAUUUGUUGGAAAACUUUGAACUAUUUUUUAUUUUACAUCUUCUUCAUACUUACUAUUGAUUGUAAUAAUUAGUUC